CCCUCCCCGAGUAUCUGCCAAUCCCGAGGCGAAGGUUCUUGACGCUAGGCAGAAAAGCACCGGAGCCUCGGUCCCUACCGAGGGUCUGUGCGCAUGUGACAGCUCGCAGCCCCGCCAAGCUUCUCCUCGGUACCGCCCCCGCUUUAGCUCCCGGACUAGGCUCGCGGCCAGGCGGCGUCGGUUGCACACCUCUCUAUCUCCUGGGGCUCUGCACCAGCUGGCUCGGGCUCUGGAUUCCACCUCGGUCGCUGCACUCUCUCUCUCAGCUCCUCUGCUUGUUCCCCUCUACCGAGCCCCGGGGCUCGCUCUUUCCCGGGAACGUUCCAUCCCGGCCGUCGCGCGCCACUCGCCCGCCUUUCCCGAGCCGCAACAAGCGCCCGGCUUGCCGCCCCCCACCCCCAGCCCCGAGACGUUUGCGGGGCCUGCCUGUCGUGCACCCUGGAGCUCCUAGGCGAGAGAAGCUACAAACUCCUCUGCUUCCUGGCAGUCGUCUGGGGCUGCGGCGGUUGCUUGCCUGCGGAAGGCACCUCCUCAUUGAGCUUGCUCUGUCAUUCUGGCUGCUUCAGUCACCACGUGGGUAAAACGGGCACCCCACAAACAUGGCAGACGAAGACCUUAUUUUCCGCCUGGAAGGCAUUGAUAAUAGCAGGUCUCCUCAUUCCCAUCAUGCUGGCUUUUCUGAUGAUGACAGUGACGAAGAAGAUGGCUACUACAUCUGCCCCAUUACAGAUGACCCUGGCUGUAACAAGAUUGCUAAUUCAAAAGUCUCUAACUACUACAGCAACUUAACCAAGAAUGAACAAUAUGGAUCCAAUUGUUCUCCUGGGAGUUCCUUCCAUUUUAAGGAAACUUGGAAACAUGCCAUUGAGAAAGCAAAACACAUGCCUGAUCCCUGGGCUGAAUUUCAUCUUGAGGAUAUUGAAACAGAGUGCGCUACUCGUCACAGGUACAAUGCAGUCACUGGCGAAUGGGUUGAAGAUGAAGUUUUAAUCAAAAUGGCUUCACAGCCCUUUGGACGUGGAGCAAUGCGAGAGUGUUUCAGGACGAAAAAGCUGUCUAAUUUCCUGCACACUCAGCACUGGAAAGGAGCUUCCAACUAUGUGGCAAAGAGGUACAUUGAGCCUGUGAACAGAGACGUGUACUUUGAGGAUGUCCGCCUGCAGAUGGAGGCCAAACUCUGGGGCGAGGAAUAUAACCGGCACAAACCCCCAAAGCAGGUGGAUAUUAUGCAGAUGUGUAUCAUUGAGUUGAAGGACCGGGCAGACAAGCCCCUUUUUCACCUGGAACAUUAUAUUGAAGGCAAAUACAUCAAAUACAAUUCCAAUUCAGGAUUUGUCCGGGAUGAUAAUAUCCGCUUAACUCCACAGGCCUUCAGCCACUUCACCUUUGAACGCUCUGGCCAUCAGCUGAUUGUGGUAGACAUUCAGGGAGUCGGGGAUCUCUACACUGACCCUCAGAUCCAUACAGAGACGGGUUCAGACUUCGGAGAUGGCAACCUAGGUGUUCGAGGCAUGGCUUUGUUCUUCCAUUCUCAUGCUUGCAACCGGAUAUGCAAGAGCAUGGGCCUCACCCCUUUUGACCUCUCGCCAAAGGAGAAGGAUGCUGUUAAUCAGACCAUAAAGUUGCAAUCAGCCCAGACCCUUGUUCGGGGCACAGAGGAAAAGUGCGGCAGCCCAAGAGUGAGGACCUUCUCAGGGAGUCGUCCACCACUGCUUUCUCGCCUUUCAGAGAAUUCUGGAGAUGAAAAUAUGAGUGAUGUGACAUUUGACUCCCUCCCUUCCUCUCCUUCAUUCACACCACAUAGCCAGAGAAUCGACCAUCUCCACUGGCCACAAUUCAGUGACGUUGAUAAUCUGGGACACAAAGACCAUGACCAACUGGAUAACCACCGAGAUUCUGAGAAUGGUGGGGACAGUGGAUAUCCCAGUGAAAGGAGGAAUGAACUGGAAGACAUAGAUUCCCGAGAUAAGGGCCAUUCAAAUGGCAACCGGAAGCAGUCUGAAUCUGAUGAAGACAGUUUGGGCAGUUAUGGAAGGGUCAGUGUGGAGAAAUGGAAUCUCUAUAACUCUGCCAGGCUUCACCUCCAGAGGCCAUCCUGUGUCGCUGUGGAAAUGCAGAGACUUAAUGCUCUGGACCUUGAAAAGAAAAUCGGGAAGUCCAUUUUGGGGAAGGUUCACCUGGCCAUGGUACGUUACCAUGAAGGGGGGCGUUUCUGUGAAAAAGACCAGCCCUGGGAUCAAGAAUCAGCUGUAUUCCACCUUGAACAUGCAGCAGACCUAGGGGAGCUUGAAGCCAUUGUGGGGCUCGGGCUCAUGUACUCCCAGCUCCCCCAUCACAUCCUGGCUGAUGUCUCCUUAAAGGAGUCGGAGGAGAACAGAACCAAAGGUUUUGAUUACUUACUGAAGGCUGCAGAAGCAGGUGACAGACAUUCUAUGAUCCUUGUGGCAAGAGCCUAUGACACAGGCCUGAACCUCAGCUCUGACAGAACACAGAACUGGAAGGAGGCCCUACGCUGGUAUGACACUGCAUUAAACACUACAGAUUAUGAUGAAGGAGGUGAAUAUGAUGGGAUGCAGGAUGAACCGCGGCACACACUCCUGGCAAGAGAGGCUGAAAUGCUGUUUACAGGUGGCUUCCAGCUAGAGAAGGAUCCACAAAGAUCAGGUGACCUGUACACUUCAGCUGCAGAAGCUGCCAUGGAAGCCAUGAAGGGCCGGCUAGCCAAUAAGUACUAUGAAAAGGCUGAAGAAGCAUGGGCAAUGAUGGAGGAAUAGCCCACUGAAGCUGUUACCACCAUACUUGUACAUAUUAGCUGGGGGAGGGGGGAUUUUUUUAAAAAUAUGAAAUGAGAGGAGAAAAACAUUCUUUGUUUGUCCCUAAAAAUACAUUUUUAAUGUAUUGUGAAACUGACUUUUGUAUUUCACAUUUUGACUUUUGGAUUUCCCUUUGCUACAAGCAAAGAACAUAAUAUAUGCCUGUGAAGGCAAUAUAUUUGUUGGGGUGAGGGAGGGAAGGGAUAAAAAGAAGUAGGAUCAUGAACUUAGGCCUACUUUUUGAGGUUAUAUUAUCAAUGAACAUAACCUUUUUUUAAAUAUAUUUUUUCACUGUUAGGAUUGAGUGAGCUGCUUCCUUUUCAAGGGAAAAACCCAUGUUGAGCUGCAUUUGCUCCUUUCUGUUUUCUGUGAACAAUGUUACUAUUUUGGUCACCAAAACCACCUUGGCCAAAUGGAGGAAACCUUAGUUCUCAUGAUCUCAAGACCCUUUCAUUUCCAGUGUGUAAGAGACAUCUUCACGUUUGCCUUUUAUGGAAGGCAAACUGAUUGAGAAAACUUUACGUUUGGAAAUGUUUUAAAAUAAAAUUAGAAAGUCUCCUAACAUGGAAUUAUUCUUCCAUAUUUCCAUGGAAUACUAUGGUCCCAUUGCCCCCAAAGACCCUUCUUUCCUGGGGGGUGGGAAGUAACUUCAGGUGUGCCUUUUGUGGCUAGCAAACUGAUUGAUGAAACUAUAUGUUUGGAAAUGUUUUGGGAUAAAGUUAGAAAGUCUCCUAACAUGGAAUUAUUCCUCCAGAUUUCCAUGGGUGCCCAAGUGAAGAGGGAAUGUAGCACACUUAAGCUCUUUCCACCAAGGGGAGCUUUCUGCUGAUUUCUCUCUAGUCAUUCAGCUCAGAUGCCUUUAUUUUUAGUGGUUUGAUUAUUACACAGCAAAAAAAAAUAUGUAUAUACUAUUUUGAAUUAUAUUUCCUUCAGCAAGCUUUUAAAUAAGAGGUUUGAUAAAGUUGUAUGCAACAUAUUUCUACCUCCAAGUCUUAAAUUAUCUAGUGUGGAAACGGAUAAUUUUAGAAGCAAAUGUUUGAGAAAGCGAUACUGUUGCAUGUUUGAGCUUAUUUUUUUUUCAUCCUAAUGGGAAUUUAUUUAGCAUCUUAAUGUAAAACCAAACACACCAUACCACUGGAGACUUUUGUUUUCAACGUAUACCAGAUUUUCUUUCUUACUCCUUUUUGUCUGAAUCUCCAGUCAUGUAAUUUACAGCUCCCUCAUUCCAUUGAUGGUCCAUUGAGUACUAUAUUGCAAGUAAGGGAAAAACUCGUUCAUUCAUACUCUGCUAAUUCAGUUUGUUCACACAUGGCCAGACUGAAAUUUAUCUUUGCUUAUCCAGACUUCUAUUCAGAGACUGCAAAUUAAUAGUACAGAUAAAAUUUGGGGGCAAAUGUUUUAAAAACAUGAAUAAGAACAAAUAUCAGCCUGAAGCACUUUAGAAUAAGCAUCCAUCUCCAUGGAAACAAGUGAUAAACUCAUUACAAAGCAUUUUUAUCUGUUCAUUGACUAAUGUCCUCUAAGGAAUACUACUGGGAAGCACUUUUGUUGGUCUGGUUUGAGUUACUGUAUGUCUUUGAAAAGAAUAAAACUUCAUAUUUCUUUUUAAAAUAUCUGUAAUUCAAAAUUUUUGCUAACGAAACCUACCAUCACCAGAUUACUAAAGUUUUAUUUAUAGGUAACAAAUGUGUUAUCUGGCCUCUAGUCUGAUGUGACUGUUCUUUCCUUUCCCCUCUCUUCCUAAAACUGGAUUGAUUAUAAAUGACUACUUCCUAAGUGAAUUUAGAGGCAAUCUAAUGUAGUAGAAAAGGAGUUAGGAUCCAUGUUAAGUUUAAAAUUUCUUACCAAUUAGUAGUUGAAUAACCAUGGACAAAUCACUUAACUUAGGAGACAGUUAGGUGUUGUAGUGGAUUAGCAUGCUACCCAGAAAUACCCAAGUUUGAGUGUGGCCUCAAAUUCUUAGCUGUGUGACCUUGUAUAAGUCAUUUACUUCUGUUUGCCUCAGUUUCCUCAUUUGUAAAAUGGAGAUCACAAUAGCACCUACCACCCAGGGUUAUUGUGAGGAUCAAGUGAGAUAAUAAUGUUAGAGGGCUUAGCACAAUGCCUGCCACAUAGUAAGUACUUUAUAAAUGUUAGCUAUUGGUAUUACUUUCUCUAAACCUCCAUUUCCAAAUUUGUAAAUUGAGAUUAAUAACACCUGUAGUAUAAGUAAAACAGGGUUGUUAUUAGUAUUGAAUGAGAUUAAAACUGCAUAUGAGUCUGGUAUCAUUUAGGGUAAGGACCAAAACAUUUUAUCUUCCAUAACAUAAUCUGGUGCUGUGUACAAAGUAGGUGCCCAGUAACUUCCAGGUGAGUAACUGAAGAACUCUUUCCUCUUCUCUUCAGAUCAGGUCUUUAGUUGGACUUCUACUCUUGCUCUCUCUAUCUCAUUGGUACCUUAGUUGUAAUCCAGAGAUAAAAAUGAAGCAGCCUCCCAUUCCCUUGAUAUCUUAGAGACUAUGAGAGUUUAAGUAGAAGUUUCAUACAAAGCUCUUUUUCUUUGCAUGUUUUUUUAACCCUUACCUUCUGACUUAGAAUCAAUAUUAAAUAUCAACUCUAAGACAGAGGAGCAGUAAAGCUUGGGAUUAAGUGAUUUACCCAUAGUCACACAGCUAAGAAGUGUCUGAGACCCCAUUUGAAACCAGAACUCUGUUUACUAGCCUCCUCUAUCCACUGAGCCGUUUGGCUGCCCCUGUAUGUUUUUUUCAAAGUUUUUUCUCAUAUUCAAUAGCAGCCUUUCUAAAGAGGUAGAAAAAUUUACUCUGCUUUAAAAAUCCCAGGCUUCUGAAUUCAUAUGACCUACAUUUCCACCAGAUAGUUGCUUGCAGCCUGGCUGUUAAUUAGGGGGAGGGGGGGACUAGAAAAGAUCAUCCCUCACAAAGAACUGGACCUAGACCUUCCUAUUGAGAUAGUAAUGCAGUAACAAAACAAAAAGGGCAUUGGAUUUGGAGAGGGAUUUUAUAGGUUACCUUAUCUCAACAUUCUUAUUUUACAAAUGAGGAAACUGAGGCCAACAGAGCUUCCAAUACUAGUUCAUGAAAGAAGGGGUAUGUAAUUUGUUUCUCCUAGGGUCAGUUGUUUAGAAAAAGACAGAUUAGAGUCCAUGAAGUAAAUUCAGUCUAAUUAACAUGCUAUGGCCACAAACUUAGCUGAAUUCCAAAAAUAAAAAUGGAAAAUGAGGCUAUUCAAUUGCAUCAUGAAGAACAAAAUAAAAUACAGUGAUUUCUAGUUAUUGAAGUCUUUGUCCUGCUCUGGGGUGACAUGGGAAAGAGGGAGAGAAAGAUACAAGACUGUGAAAUCAGUUAUCUAAAUGACUCCCAGCAAAUCAAGGUAAGGACUAGCCCCUGUUAAUGUCUGCCAUUUUAGGUAGUUAAUUUCAUUUUGACUUAAGUUUGCUUAAAUUGCACAGAUAUGUUUAGCUUGACAGGGAUAAUGAAGCAAAAAAAAAGGCACCUUGAUAAUGUCAACUGGUUCCUUGUAUGUCUUACUCUUCUCAGGCAAGCCAUCUGACUUAAGACCAAGUGGACCCUUUGGGUCUGGGAAGGUGGCUCAUAUUACUAUUCUUAUCUUUGUCUCUGGAAGUUCUAAUUCAUCCCUCUGAAUAAAGUGAUUUCUUUCAUUUUC